AAAGAUGUCGGCAACAGGAGAGGAUCGGGGGGAAGAAGGCGGCUGUGGCUUCUCGGGGUCAUGCUGCGCUCAGCGGCCGAGGUCCGUCUCCCCUUCCUCGGAUCAGCUGCACCAGAGCAACACGCUGCUCGGCCUCCCUAUCGUGGCCAUCGAGAACAUCUUCAACUUCAUGAACUACGAUGAGAUCAGCCAGCUCCGCCUGGUGUGCAAGCGUAUGGACGCGGUGUGCCAGCGAAUGCUCAAUCAGGGCUUCCUGCGGGUCGAGAGGUACCACAACCUGUGCCAGAAGCAGGUGAAGGCGCAGCUGCCAAGGCGAGAAUCAGAGAGGAGGAACCACUCGUUGGCGCGCCAUGCCGAUAUCCUCGCCGCGGUGGAGACCAGGCUCUCGCUGCUAAACAUGACGUUUAUGAAAUACGUCGACUCCAAUCUCUGCUGUUUCAUCCCUGGAAAGGUUAUCGAUGAAAUCUACAGAGUGCUACGUUAUGUCAACUCCACGCGGGCGCCGCAGCGGGCACAUGAGGUGCUGCAGGAGCUGCGGGACAUCUCCUCUAUGGCCAUGGAGUACUUCGAUGAAAAGAUUGUUCCAAUACUCAAGAAGAAACUUCCCGGCUCUGAGGUCUCUGGUCGACUCAUCGGUUCCCCACCAGUUCCGGGGCCCUCGACCGCCCUGAGCACAAUGCAGCUGUUCUCCAAGCAGAGCCCGUCGCGGCAGGAGGUGACCAAGCUACAACAGCAAGUGAAAGCCAACGGCGCCGGCAUGACCGUCCUGCGGCGAGAGUUGUCCGAGCUGCGCACGAAGGUACAAGAGCAGCAGAAGCAGCUCCAGGACCAGGACCAGAAACUUCUAGAACAAACCCAAAUCAUAGGGGAGCAGAAUGUGCGACUGACUGAGCUAGAGCACAAACUGCGGGACGUCGUGGAGCGCGCCGUGGGCGGCUCCUCGGGGGCAGGCCAACGGGAUGACUCUCCCCGCAAGAGAAAGAAGGUGGUGGAGGUGGUGGACUGUCCUAGGAAAUCAAAACGUCUUCGAAGCCGGAAGUAAAACCCUUAAAGACUGUUCAUAGCAGCUAGGAUGGUUUGGGGUAGAACAUCGGCUGGAAAAUCAAGGUACAACCCCCGAGGAACUGGCACAGUCCACAUCAACCUACUACACACUGCUUAUGUCCUAUUAUUGGGGGGGGGGGGGGGGGUAGGUUCCUGAAGCAACCACUAGGCCCUAUAUCUUAAGCCCGGGUGAGAUGUUUCCUAUGCUAGCAGCCCAUCAAUAUCUUAUUUAUAAGGCCAACAACUGGCCAAUCGCAGUGUCCUCUCAAAGGUAUCCGUUACUUCUGUCCAAUGACCAACCGCCAUCUCCUAAAUGCCCAAAUGUUUUUAGCCUGUAGAUGUUGUUUCCCUCAGCCUUUGAGAACCAACUGCCCUUGGAAUGUUGGCGGACAUUUUGUGUGGGCAGUAGCCGGGCUCGAGUAUAAGCUCUGUGGUUCUAGCCGUUCAGAACCUGUGCAUCAUGUUCUUAUUCGACCCAUGGUGAUAUUUAUGGAUAAUGACUCAGAAGGGUGGAUAUGGAUUUGGAUCAGAAGGAUAUGGAUCAGAAGGGUCAAGCUACCCCCACCCCCCCCACCCCGUGGUGCAGAUAUAUUUAAGCACUCAUUGGUUAUUUAACCCUGGAGCUGUUUUUGUCCAGUGCGGUAAAGGUAACUUAACUUCUCAGUGCCUGUUUCCCUGUUUUGCUAUUGAAAUGUUGGACUGUUUGGUGAGGAUUGUACCCUCCUGUUUUGCCCCCCCCCCCCCACCUCCUCCAGUUUUUGCACCGGGACAAUGAAGGACUGACCAUAUGUCCCUCUGUUUUCACUAAAAAGCCAGAAUAAGUUCUCAAUUCAGCCGGUGGCACGGGAGGCAGAUUUGCCGAAGCACCACUUUGACUUGAAUUGUGUAUACACACUGCAUAUAUAUCUGUAUAAAUAUAUAUAUAUUUACCCCCA